AUGGGGAUCAAAGACUUCUGGCUGGUGGACGAAAUUAGCGACGAUGAGGAGUUCAAAUUCCUCAUUGAAGAAAUUGUAAAAGAACCAGACACUUUUACUUUCGAGGAAAUUUGCGGCGAGAAUUUUGUGCGGAGAAAAACGCGCCCCAAUGAAGAAGUGGAAAUUCACGCUAGAAUGUUUGUGAACAUUUCGGACGGGCGCACUGGAACCGUUGAAAUUGGCGACUUCGUUCCGCCGAAGUUGGAGUUUGGGCCCGAUUGGAAACCUCAGAAGACGUUUCAUAUUCCGACAGUGUUUGGAAUUCUUCUUGGUUACCCGGUGGUCUAUUUGCUCAACGAGGACGAGAGAACGGGGAUUUUGGAAGGCGUCGAUUUAGACCUUUACCAGAUAUUUAUCGAUGAAAUUCGCGUCCUGUCAUUUUCACUGCCUUCUUCAACCGCCCUCGAUCCAAAAAUCGACCGCCAAAUCAAAUCCUGGGUCAGCCGAGCUUUCGAAGUUAUAAAAGACAGCGAAAACGCAUCGAUCAUAAAAUCCGUCGUCAAUCUUUCGAAUGUCAACAUUUAG